AUGGGUGAUAGUAAAAAUAAGGAGAAAGUGUCUUUGAAACUUCUUGUGAACAAAGAGACCAACAAAGUCUUGUUUGCUGAGGCAGGUAAAGACUUUGUGGAUGCUUUAUUUAGCUUCUUGACAUUGCCUUUAGGAACCAUUGCAAGACUUGUGCAGAAGGAUUCAAAGAUCGGGCCAGUUACUAUCGGUUGUUUGAACACACUCUAUCAAAGCGUGGCAGACCUCGACAAAGAAGUUCUGUGGACGGAGGAAAGUAGAGGAUUGUUACUCCAGCCAAAAAGCUCAUCUGAACAUUAUUGCAACACUCUUAAACUUAACAUUGAUGACACUCAGCCGACUGCGUAUUUCGUAUGUACCAAUCUUGAAACAUGCAUCUAUCGUUACUUCACUACUUCCAUAAAUAGAAAUUGUGCAUGUGGUGUUUCUAUGACCCGAUCAAUUUCUCUGGAACCUUUUCACAAAGGAUUUGUCAAUGAUUUUGCAACUUUUGUCGUUACUGAUAAUCUGAAUGUCGUCCCAACUGCUUCGCAUUAUACAAGCCUUGAUCUGGUUCAGAAUUCUGGAAUAAAAAGCAUGAGUUCAUUAAAAGAAAUGACCGUCAAUGUUACGAAGGAAAAGGUAUUGGAUCUAUUAAAGUGUUCACUGCUUUCAAAUUCGCCAUUGACUGAUAUAUUUGUAACGAAGAUGAAACCAUCCCUUGAGAGGUCAUUGUUUUUGCCUUCUGGUUAUAUACACUGUAGUAACUUUCAAAUCACCCUGAACUUGGUUAUAAGGAAAUCAGAUAAGAAAAUAUUAUAUGCACAAGGGGAUCAAGAUUUUGUAGACCUACUUCUAAGUUUUCUGACCUUUCCCUUGGGUGCCCUUAGAUGUAUUUUAGGAGAAAAUUCUUCUUUGGGAAGUAUUGAUACUUUGUACAAUAGCAUUGUUAAUUUAGAAGAAAACAAAUUUUUGUUGUCAAAAGAAGCAAAGAAUAGGCUUGUUUCUCCAUACGGGUAUCUGCAGUUCCGUUCUAUGAAACUGGGUUUAUCACGCCCAGAAGAUACUGGUAGGUAUUAUUGUUAUUAUCCUCAAGUAAGUUGCAAACAAAGCAUUAACAAUGAUCCAUGUUUCAUAAGUGAAGAAUUUUGGAGGGACAUUAAAAAAUCAAGAGAAGUCAAACUAGUUUAUACCGAAUCAGAUACUGCAAGUCGCAAAGGUUUUGUCAAAGGACCUGCAAUGUACCUUGUUACCGAUGACUUGAUCUUAGCACCAUCGUCUCCAAUAUCAGCUUUACAUUUAAUCAACCGUUUGGAAACUCCUCUUACUGAUGUGAAGGAAAAAGUUGUCACUGUUGGCAUCCAAGAUUGUCUAAAUAUAUUUAAGGCGUCUUUGAUCUCAACUUCAGCUCUCACAAUUGGUCUAAGUCACUUGCUAACCGAUGUUAAGGAAGAGAAAUGA